AUGCUAAAAGUACUAAUCCCCACAAUCAUGUUAUUCCCAACAAUUUGAUUAGCCUCCCCUAAAUGACUAUGAACAACCACAACCGCACACAGCCUCCUAAUUGCCUCCAUUAGCCUAAUAUGAUUAAAAUGAACCUCAGAAGCCGGAUGAACCUCCUCUAAUAUAUAUCUAGCCACAGACCCAUUAUCAACCCCCCUUUUAGUGCUAACAUGCUGAUUACUUCCACUUAUAAUUCUAGCCAGCCAAAACCAUAUUAGCCCCGAGCCAAUUAGUCGACAACGCUCUUAUAUUACACUUCUCGCCUCACUACAAACCUUUCUAAUUAUAGCAUUCGGUGCCACAGAAAUCAUUAUAUUUUACAUUAUAUUUGAAGCUACACUUAUCCCAACCCUUAUCAUUAUUACCCGUUGAGGAAAUCAAACCGAACGACUUAAUGCAGGAACCUACUUCCUAUUCUACACUCUAGCAGGGUCACUCCCACUUCUAGUUGCCCUACUUCUUCUUCAACAAUCUACAGGUACACUAUCAAUAUUAGUACUCCAAUACUCACAACCUCUUCAACUCAACUCUUGAGGCCAUAUAAUUUGAUGAGCUGGCUGCCUGAUCGCAUUUUUAGUUAAAAUACCAUUAUACGGGGUUCACCUAUGGCUACCCAAAGCACAUGUAGAAGCCCCUGUAGCAGGAUCAAUAGUGCUAGCAGCAGUCCUACUAAAACUUGGCGGAUAUGGAAUGAUACGCAUAAUAGUAAUACUAGAUCCUCUAUCAAAAGAGCUAGCCUACCCAUUCAUUAUCCUAGCCCUCUGAGGUAUUAUUAUAACCGGAUUAAUUUGCCUUCGACAAACAGACCUAAAAUCACUAAUUGCCUACUCAUCUGUAAGCCACAUAGGACUAGUGACAGGGGGAAUCCUAAUUCAAACCCCAUGAGGAUUCUCAGGAGCAAUUAUUUUAAUAAUUGCCCACGGACUAGUAUCCUCAGCACUAUUUUGCUUAGCCAACACAGCCUAUGAGCGAACCCACAGCCGAACGAUAAUACUCGCCCGAGGGCUGCAAGUAAUUUUUCCACUAACCGCAGCAUGAUGAUUCACCGCCAAUCUAGCCAACUUAGCACUCCCCCCACUACCUAACCUAAUAGGAGAGCUCAUAAUUAUCACAACACUAUUCAGCUGAUCCCCAUGAACCAUCUUACUUACUGGCCUAGGAACAUUAAUCACAGCUGGUUAUUCUCUAUAUAUAUUUCUUAUAUCACAACGGGGCCCAACACCCAAACAUAUUAUAGGGCUUCAACCCUUCCACACCCGAGAACACCUGCUAAUAACCCUACACCUAAUCCCCGUCAUCCUACUAGUGACAAAACCAGAACUCAUGUGAGGAUGGUGUUACU